AUGGCCUCAAUCGCUCGCACCAUCAUGGCCGCCAGGCCAGCAAUCUCGCGCCUGGCUCCCCGCGCCGCUCCCCUCGCCCGCACACCCUUCCGCGCCUUCUCGAGCUCCCGGAUGAGCCUGCUACGAAAGUACACCAAGGACCACGAGUGGGUCGACCUCUCCGCCGACCACAAGUCCGCCGUCGUGGGCAUCUCAGAGUACGCGGCCGAGCAGCUCGGCGACGUCGUCUACGUCGAGCUCCCCGAGGCCCCGGGAGACUGGAUCGAGCAGGGGGACGCCAUCGGCGCCGUCGAGUCGGUCAAGUCGGCCAGCGACAUCAACGCGCCCAUCCGGUGCAGGGUCCACGCCAUCAACAAGGCCCUCGAGGAGAAGCCCUCGACCAUCAACCAGGUCCCCGAGGACGACAGCCACGGCGGCGGCUGGAUCGCCAAGGUCGACGUCGACGAGGCCGGCGUCAAGGAGUUCGAGGGCCUGCUGGAUGCCGAGGCGUACCAGGCGUACGUCUCGACCGUUGACGAGGAAUAG